CGGCGCGGGGCUUUAUGCGCGGGCGGCGGGGGAGGAGCCGGCAGGUCGGCCCCCGGCGGGCCCUCCCCUCGGCCGUCCCCGCCCGCCCGCCCGCCCGCCCGAGCGGGGUCGGGGGAGGGGGCAGCAUGGCCUGUCCGUCCGGCCCCCUUCGCCGCGCACCUCAUCUGCCCCGCGCCGCCCGCCGCCGCCGCUCCGCCGCCCCGCCGCCCGCGGCUCCCGAUGGAGACAGACGCGCCCCAGCCCGGCCUCGCCGCCCCGGACUCGCCGCACGACCCCUGCAAGAUGUUCAUCGGGGGACUCAGCUGGCAGACGACGCAGGAAGGGCUGCGCGAGUACUUCGGCCAGUUCGGGGAGGUGAAGGAGUGCCUGGUGAUGCGGGACCCGCUGACCAAGAGGUCCAGGGGCUUCGGCUUCGUCACGUUCGCGGACCAGGCGGGCGUGGACAAGGUGCUGGCGCAGUCGCGGCACGAGCUCGACUCCAAAACGAUUGACCCCAAGGUGGCCUUUCCCCGGAGAGCACAGCCCAAGAUGGUGACCCGGACGAAGAAGAUCUUCGUGGGGGGGCUGUCGGUGAACACCACGGUGGAGGACGUGAAGCAGUAUUUUGAGCAGUUCGGGAAGGUGGAUGAUGCCAUGCUGAUGUUUGACAAAACCACCAACCGGCACCGAGGGUUCGGAUUUGUCACGUUUGAGAGUGAAGACAUCGUGGAGAAAGUGUGUGAAAUUCAUUUCCAUGAAAUCAACAACAAAAUGGUGGAAUGUAAGAAAGCGCAGCCAAAAGAGGUGAUGUCUCCGACCGGCUCAGCCCGGGGCAGGUCCCGAGUCAUGCCCUACGGAAUGGACGCCUUCAUGCUGGGCAUCGGCAUGCUGGGUUACCCCGGUUUCCAAGCCACGACCUACGCCAGCAGGAGUUACACCGGCCUCGCCCCCGGCUACACCUACCAGUUCCCCGAGUUCCGUGUCGAGCGGACCCCGCUCCCGAGCGCCCCCGUCCUCCCCGAGCUUACAGCCAUUCCUCUCACCGCCUACGGGCCGAUGGCGGCCGCGGCCGCGGCAGCCGCUGUGGUUCGAGGAACGGGCUCUCACCCCUGGACGAUGGCUCCCCCCCCAGGUUCCACGCCCGGCCGCACGGGGGGCUUCCUGGGGACCACCAGCCCCGGCCCCAUGGCCGAGCUCUACGGGGCCGCCAACCAGGACUCGGGGGUCAGCAGCUACAUCAGCGCUGCCAGCCCCGCCCCCAGCACCGGCUUCGGCCACAGCCUCGGGGGCCCCUUGAUUGCCACAGCUUUCACCAAUGGGUACCACUGAGGCAGGAGCCAGGCGGCCAGAGCGCCCCUGCAGCUGACUGAGGACCAGGAGGAGCCAGCGAGGGGGCGGGACACCUCACCGCAGCCGCCGCCCCCUCCCCCCGCGACUCGGACGCUACUGCCUCCCCCCCCUCCGCCCGGCCCCUGCCCUGCUGCCCGACCGCCUGGCCCCCUACUAACCUCCCCGCUUUUAUUUAUUUUGGAUUAGCCGGUUGCCCCCGCCCUCUGGGCGCCCAGGACCCACAGAGCUUUGUGUUUAGCUAGAGCAGGCCGGGCUGUGGGCUGCGGCCCCGGGUUCUAGGCUCCUGUGCCCUCCUUUUCUCUGCCCUCCCCCCCCCCUUUUUUUUUUUUUUAAAGAAACUUUUUUAAACUAUUUCUAGGUUUGUGAAUGUGAAGCCCCAGGCCGCCCGGGGCACAGGGCCAGGCUCCCACCAGCUGAGAACACACAUGUGUGUGUGGGGGUGGCCCUGGCCCUCCCGCCUGGAGAGGACUAGGCCAGGCCGAGCCCCUGGGCCCCGUCCUGUAUCAUAUGUAAAUACUGUGAGGUGGGCCCCACCCACAGACCCAGCGAGGUCUCCCCUGUCCGUCCCUCCCAGACACCGUUACUGUACGCUUCAGGCCUCCUCCGGCCGAGCAGGCCCGCUCUCUCAGGCCCUGGGGGGUCAAGACCGUGGGCCUGCUCACCCCGAAAACCCAGUGUGGGGCUGAGGGGCGAGGAGGGCCCGCCCAGAGUCACUGCUGGAAAGGCAUUAGCUCUCCAGGCCCCCCGCCCCUGCCUGGGUCGGGCCUCGUGGCUUCUGCUCUGAGCCCCAGGAGGGGGCAUCGGGGGCCCUGGGACGGGGCGGACCCCGGGGAAAGCAAAGGGCUUCUCAGGGAACCCCCACAUUCUCACUGAAGUAUCUCGCCAGGACGGUCCCAGGGCCAGAGCCCCCGCAGAGGAGGGAGGCCCGGGGCCUGACCUGGGGCCCAGGUUGGUGUGGCCAGCCGAGGCCCCUCGCCCCUCGGUGUCCCCCCCAGGCCUGGGGCUGGGGACCCGCGCCCCCUCCUCCUCGGUCCCCACCAUAGACCCCUUGGAGAAUUCCUAUCUGUGUGAGGUGCUUAACCUGUUACCCUGAGAACACAAAGCAAUAAUCUUUGUUACUGAGAUCGCGGCUGUUCGUGGUUUUUUUUUUUUUAAUGUUUCCUAAUAAAAGAGAAGCUGCAAUUUAUUGUUUUUUAUUUUUAAUUUUCUACACAUUCGAGCUGAGUCAGGAGAGACUUAGUGCUCCCUCCUCCCUUCCUGUGACGCCCCCACCCCACCCCCUCUCCUCGCCCGUCCCUGGGCUCAGGCCCUGGGAUUCCCGUUUUCUGAUUUGUCUGGGGAAUUUUUUAAAAGAUGUUACAUGGUGUUUUUGAAGCCAGCAAGUUACCACCCUCCGGCAUCUCUUCUCUCCACAUCUGUAACUUCUUUUUCCGGGAUUUAUUUCCAGUUUUAAAUUCCUAAUAAAUUAUUUGAAAACGGU